CUUUGCUAGAGCCUCUACCAGACGAGGACUUCUUCUCAGUUCGCUGAGACUCGUUGAACAAAGGUGCCGCGCAGACUACUUCGCACUCAUAUGUGGCGCCUUUCAACCAGCCUCGAUGCGAUACCGAUAAUACAACAGCCACCCCCUUCCUCCGUCCCGACCCUCCUCAGACUACACCAGUAUGUCUUCAAUCGACGUUCCCGUUGUCGGGCUGUACAGGCCUAUCCUAGAGACAUACAUCCAGCAGCUUAGCUCCUCGCGCGAAGAAAGUGACUGCGACGCUCCAAUCCUGGAAUCAGACUGCGCCGAACUUCUUAGCGAACUGCGUUCAAUUCGCACUCAGCAAGAAGACUCCGCCAGCCCACAACUACACAAUGCUGCAUUGGAAACGGUCUUCCGCGAUCUAUUCAUCGACGUCAUAGCGAAGAUAGACAUCUCGGAGCCCGCGUUUUCCCAAAUCUGGACCAUGUUAGAUAUCACUACCAUACUCUCAGACAACGAACUGUGCGAUGCUGGCCUGGGUUUUUGGCUGGUUGAAGAGCUUCUCGACAGUCAAACAAUCGAUGGUUGUCGCAAGGUCUUUGACUACCUCGAGUCACGUCGUGAGCGUAUCACAGCAAAACAUUUCAAACAGAAGAGUUUGGUUAUACUACGCUGCUGCAAUGAGCUCCUGCGUCGCCUCUCGCGGGCUGAGGAUACUGUUUUCUGUGGGCGCGUCUUUAUAUUCCUAUUUCAAUCGUUCCCACUGGGCGACAAAUCCUCUGUCAACCUCCGCGGGGAAUUCCAUGUUGAAAAUGUCACCACCUUUGACCCUGCGCCGAAGAAAUCAGAAGAUGCCAUUCAACCUAUGGAAAUAGAUACACAAUCACCGCCUCAGCAGGGGACAGCUUCUGGCGCGGAGACUCCAUCUUCCUCACUACAUGAAGCGGAUAAGUCUACGGCAAGGAGUACGCCUGUGCCCGCCAAAACGAAGAUUGAUCCCAAGGAAAAAGAUCAGCCACCUCCAGACCUUGACACUCUCUAUCCCAAGUUCUGGACACUUCAAACGCUCUUCUCCAGUCCGACGCGACUUUUUGAUCCAGCCAACAUGGCCACCUUCAAAGAUGGUAUUUCGAGCACGCUUUCCGUCUUCAGAAGCGUUGCCCAUAGUUCCGCCGCGAGCACUGCCUCUACGGAAGUGAAACGCAACCUCAAACGUAAGCGCACAUCGGCUGAAACCGAUUCUUCUACAACGACUUCUACAUUCAACCCGAAAUAUCUGACAAACCGCGACCUCUUCGACCUCGAAAUCCACGAUACCGCUUUCCGGCGCCAUAUCCUCGUCCAAGCCCUCAUCUUGCUCGACUUCUUGCUUAGUCUCGCGCCCAGCGCGAAAUCCAGGUUUGAUGGUCUUACGAAUAAGUCGGUCCUGUACUCUUACACCAUCACCGAGGAAGAUACCAAGUGGGCACAGUCAACACGUGCUUCUAUUGUAGCGUAUUUGCAGCAAGGGAACGGCAAUGAGGGCAAGUUCUACUAUCGCAUGGUUGACACUGUUCUGUCCAGAGAUAAGAACUGGGUGCGUUGGAAGGCAGAGAAUUGUCCGCCGAUCUCAAGGGAUAGUGUCACCCCCCAGGCAUACCUGGAGGCGAAGCAGACACUGACGAAAAUUGCAAACAACGCGAAAGCCGCAUUGCCGAACCCGCCAGGCGCAAGAGAUCUCACUUUUCUGUCCAGGGUAGAGCCCCUGGAAGCUUUGAAGCGUCCCUCGCAGCGGCACAAAGUCCCAACGCUGGAAGAGUACUACAAGGAAAUAGAGCGGGACGAUCUGGAUCUAGACUUCGCCGUGACGGACGAGGAGAAGAACGAACUCGAAGAGCGGAAAGCCGGUAAAGUUUGGCGAGCACUGAGGGCGAGCAAGAAUCGUUUCGUCAUGUGCGAGAAGGUGCAAUACGGAGGGGAUCUCAAGGCUCUGGUCGAGGACGACAAAUUGGAGAUGGAGGGCGAGGAAGAGAAGCCCACCGACGGUGAAGUGGAAGUCAAGGAAGAAUCCACCGAGGACAAGACUGACGUACGAGAAGAGUCUCGCGGCGACGAUGAGGAAGGCAAUGGUGAGCAGGGCAAAGUGGCACAAGCCGGAGAGGGCGCAGAUGACGGAGGCGAUGCUCAAGAACCCAGCAAUGCAGACGACGCCGGACAGAGAGACAAGGUAGAUGAAGAUGUAGGACCGUCGAUAGAGACGGUUCAGGCAGCGGAAUCUCCUCUUGGGGAGGAUACGGAGAUGAAGGAUCCGGAGGAGAAUGAGGAGCAAGAUACAGGGCGAGAUGCUGGAGAAACUAAUCCAGAUAGCGCUGUUCGGUCCUAGUCGUGACAAUUGUCCUCG